UCUGGGGGUAAAACCAACAGUGUCUCUGGUUGGAUUAAAUUAAACAAGAUUAGAACUAGCCACAGCAGCUUUUUCGCUCAUUUCUCGUCCCAGCUGGUGGUCAGUUGGUUCACAGAGAGAUUCCGCUGUCCGACGUAUAAAUAUAUUGCAGUAGAAAGGUGUUCCGAGAACUGGAAACUGCAGAAGGUCAACGCUCAUUUUCCGCGAAAUGAAAUCCUCGCUAAUCUCGACGAUAAUCGUCCUGGCGUUUGGAGCAACUCUGUCCUGCUGUGGAUUGGUGCAGUCAGCUUCGAUUGUCGUCCUGGUGGCCAACGGAAGUGAUAUCACAAUCAAUUUGCCCGGGGAGUUUGGCCACAACCGGUUGCUGAACGUGGUGAGCAAUUCCGGAAACAACAAUCCAUCGGUGUUCGACUGGAUCGGAGGCAAUGGGGCGAACAAAGCUCCGCGGCUUUCCAUCGGGGGAGGCAACCAGGGAAGUAAUGGGGCCGGGGAACGGGGAGGCGUUGGUUCAGAAGUGAUUGAUGCACUUUGGAAGGUGGAGAGUUCAACGGUUCCGGGAGCUGGACGAGAGGACGAAUACGUUGAUAGUGGCGAAAGUGAGGAAGAUAAAAAUACCACUGGCAUUCAAGGCACGAGUACAGUAGGAAUGUCUACAACAAGAAGCCCGGUCGUGACGAGUGGUGCCACGAGGACAACGUUGAAUACUUGGCGGAAGAAAUACGUGACAGAGGCGAUGAAUCAUCCCGAUUGAAAGUUUUACCUGUUUAAUUCUUAUAUUCAAUUAGUAAAAUUUUUCUUGAAAA